UGCAGUUACCACUCACCACCACCAUUAUAUCUGUUUUAAGCCAAGACAAAAAUCUUUGUAGGGAAAAAGAAAUCCCACUAAAUUUUUAUAAAAUACCCAUUGGUUUCUUUUAAAUUACUGUUUCUAGCCUUUAUUGUUGCUUUUUUAUCCAUUCCCUGUUAUGGAAGAAGCUGGAUUUUCUGUAAUUGUUUACAAUUGCGUGUGUUUCACUUUCCCUAGCUAAGUAAUGGAGGAAUGUUCUUGCUUUAUUUGAUCUCGAAAGCGAUCCAAACACCCACUAAUUCAAUUUAUGAUCUUCAACAACCAAACCAACAAGAAAAUUAGAAAAAAAAAAGGGGAGGUUUUUUUUUAUGUAAAUGGCGACAUUAGGUGAUAUAGGGGUUGCAGCAGCUUUUAAUCUGCUUAGUGCAUUUGUGUUCUUUAUAGCUUUCGCUGUAUUACGGCUUCAACCGUUCAACGACCGGGUUUAUUUUCCGAAAUGGUAUCUUAAGGGUUUACGAACCAGUCCGGCUAGUUCCGGCGCGUUCGUGAAGAAAUUCGUUAACUUGGAUUUUCGAUCUUACUUGAAGUUCUUGAAUUGGAUGCCCGAAGCGUUGAAAAUGCCCGAACUCGAGCUUAUCGAUCAUGCCGGGUUGGAUUCGGCUGUUUAUUUGCGCAUUUACUUGAUAGGGUUAAAGAUUUUUGUCCCUAUCACUAUUGUGGCGUGGGCGGUUCUAGUACCAGUUAAUUACACGAAUAAAACAUUGGAAUUGCAGUUGAAGAAUGUAACUUCGAGUGAUAUCGAUAAGCUCUCGAUUUCAAAUAUUGCACUUGAAUCAGAUAGGUUUUGGACCCAUAUUGUUAUGGCUUAUGCUUUUACGUUUUGGACUUGCUUUGUGUUGCUAAAGGAGUACGAGACGGUCGCAUCUAUGAGGUUGCACUUUCUUGCAUCGGAAAAACGUAGGCCGGAUCAAUUUACGGUGCUUGUUCGGAAUGUGCCACCGGAUCCCGAUGAAUCUGUUAGUGAGACCGUGGAGCAUUUUUUCUUGGUCAAUCACCCAGACACUUAUCUUACAAAUCAGGUAGUAUGCAAUGCAAACAAACUUGCUAAGUUGGUGAAACAGAGGAAAAAAAAGCAAAAUUGGCUCGAUUAUUACCAGCUGAAAUACUCAAGAAAUAAUGCCCAACGGCCUAUUAUGAAGACUGGUUUCCUCGGGCUUUGCGGUAAAAAAGUUGAUGCAAUUGAGCAUCAUGAAGCCGAAAUUGGGAAGUUAUCUAAGGAAAUAGCUGAAGAGAGAGAAAGGGUAAAAAAAGAUCCAAAAGCGAUAAUGCCGGCUGCGUUUGUUUCAUUUAAAUCACGAUGGGGAGCAGCUGUUUGUGCUCAAACACAACAAUCCCGAGACCCAACUUCAUGGUUAACAGAAUGGGCACCCGAGCCAUGUGAUGUCUAUUGGCCGAACCUACCAAUUCCUUAUGUCUCAUUGGCAAUUAGGAGGUUGAUCAUGGCCGUAGCAUUCUUUUUCUUGACUUUCUUUUUCAUGAUCCCUAUCGCAUCCGUACAAGCUUUGGCUAGCAUCGAGGGACUCGAGAAAGUAGCACCCUUUUUGAAGCCCAUAAUCGAUAUGAAAUUUAUUAAGUCGGUUAUCCAAGGUAUUCUUCCCGGUCUUGCAUUGAAGCUCUUUCUUAUUUUUCUGCCGGCGAUAUUGAUGAUUAUGGCCAAGUUCGAAGGAUUCACAUCAAAAUCGUCUUUAGAGCGGAGAGCAGCAACUCGAUACUAUCUUUUCAAUUUAGUGAAUGUGUUCCUUGGCAGCAUUGUUGCCGGUAGUGCACUCGAACAGCUAAACACAUUCAUUAAGCAAUCGGCAAAUGAAAUUCCAAGAACAAUCGGUGUAGCUGUACCAUUGAGAGCAACGUUUUUCAUUACUUAUAUCAUGGUUGAUGGAUGGGCGGGAAUAGCCGGAGAGAUUUUGAUGCUAAAACCGCUUAUAAUUUACCACCUGAAAAACUUUUUCUUGGUGAAAACUGAAAAGGAUCGAGAGGAGGCAAUGGAUCCAGGGAGCUUGGGCUUCAACACCGGAGAACCUCAAAUACAACUCUAUUUUCUACUUGGCCUCGUUUAUGCUGCCGUGACACCUGCUUUACUUCCUUUCAUUGUAAUCUUCUUCGGGCUAGCUUACGUCGUCUUCCGUCAUCAGAUAAUUAAUGUUUACAAUCAAGAGUAUGAGAGUGCCGCGGCAUUUUGGCCCGACGUCCACGGACGCAUAAUAAUUGCAUUGCUUAUCUCACAAGUCGCCCUUAUUGGAUUAUUAACUUCAAAGAAAGCUGCUCAGUCCACACCGUUUCUCAUUGCUCUCGUCGUCCUCACAAUCUGGUUUUACACAUUCUGCAAAGCCCGUUACGAACCUGCGUUUGUUCGAUAUCCUUUACAGGAAGCAAUGAUGAAAGAUACCUUGGAACGUGCAAGGGAACCAAACCUCAACUUAAAACCCUAUCUUCAGAACGCAUACAUCCAUCCGGUUUUCAAAGAGGAAGAUGAAGAGGACGAAUUUGAUUUCAAGUCCGAAAACGAGAGCGUUUUAGUACCCACGAAACGUCAAUCUCGAAGAAGCACGCCAGCACCUAGCAGAAUUAGCGGUGCAUCUUCACCGUCGUUGCCGCCAGAGGUGGUUCCCGAACAUCCGGAGCGUGCAAGUUAGGUACCGAUGUGUGUGUUGCUUGAUGUUGUCGUUUAUACUGUAUAUUUGCAACAUCAUGAAGCCGCAAAUUAAAUGAACAAAAUAGUGAGAAGAGGAUAGCCAAGAGAAAUGGUCUUGGGGACUACAUUGUUAAAAUAGACUUUGUAUGAGGACUAUAGAGUGAAUAUUUGUUUUGGGAUUGCUUUUGAUUUGUUUUAUUAAACCCAAUAAGUUAACAUGCA